AUGACACGAGAAUUAUUUCAGUUUCAGUCCAAUUUCAUCCCAGUAUUAAUUCUCAGUGACACCAAAAACAUAGUACACUACAGAGUUUGUAUAGAUGAGAUGAAUGCGCUCCUUACAUACGCUGCAUCUCGCUACCUAGGAUGCUACGUAGAUAAACAGGCGAGAGACCUAACAUAUCCGUUAGCCGCUGAUUACAGUUUAACAACGAUAAGGUGCUGGAAAGCUUGUGCCAAUCUGAAUUACACUGUUUUCGCUACUCAGGUACGCAAGUCGCAUACACCUGUUUCUGCUCCCACACCUUACGGAAGAUCCGGUACGGGAUGGAUUUGUGACAGGAAUUGCAUUGGAUCGCCAAAUGAAAUUUGUGGAGGAGCAUACAUGAACAGUGUUUACAGCGUUUGCGAUAGAGGAAUGUAUGGAUUGGACUGCAACCUGAAGUGUCCAUGUGGUUCGCAGUGCCUUUGCGAUCGUUUCAAUGGUUCGGAGAUCUAA